GAGCGAAUGGCGUCCUUCGUUCAAAAGCGUACCUACACCCUGGAGCCUAGCUCAUCGCGACCUUAUGCCGUGCUAGCAAACCGGUAUUGGCUGGGAGAUGCGUCAGGUUCGGCUGGCCCUUCGACGGCAUACGGGGCGACCUUUGUCUUCAUGCACGGAACGGGCCUAUGCAAGGAGACCUGGGAGCCAGCCAUCGAGCGUUUGCUUGGGACAGCCCCAUCUGGGUUGAUCGCGGAUGCUUGGUCUGUUGAGAAUCCCGACCAUGGCGACUCUGCAACCGUGAACGAGCGCUGGGUUGUACAGCAGGAUCUGGACAACUAUAGUGUCACGUCUUACACGGACGCUGUUCACGCUUUCUUGAUCGAAGGAGGGGGUAAAGAAGCUCAAGUGGACUUUAGGUCAAGACACCUUGUGCUCGUUGGACAUUCCAUGGGCGGGACCUGCGCCGCUCUACUUCCCGAGAAAGAACCUCACAUCCCGUUCAAGCAUAUCAUCCUCUACGAAGCGUCCAUAAACCCAGAUGGGCCAUUGCGCCAGGCCGUUGGCAGGGCACUCACGAACUUCCUUUGGACCAGAAAGGACACAUGGCCCUCGCACAAGGCGGCAGUAAAGGAGCUUACCGCCCACCCGGCGUACAAGGGCUGGGAUACGAAAGCUCAGGAACUUCACUUCGCCCACGUUCUUAAACUGCACCCGGCUGCCAAGUACCCGCCCCCGUUCACCUUCAAGGGCGUCACAACUGUCGUCUCUCGUGAGAAGGAGAACGCGAUUACCCGUGCCUCUGAACCGGUUGGCGCGUCGCUGGACGCGCUCAAACGUAUCGUACAUCAAAUACCAACGACGCUCAUUUAUGGCGAAUUGGAGGAUCUAUUCCCCAAGGCGCUCAAGAAGGAGCAAGCCUCCGUAGUAAAAGGGUCUCCUGUACGAAUGCAGUAUAUCCCGGGCGUGGGGCACAUGGCCAUGUCGCAGAAACCUGACUUGCUUGCGCGUGCCCUGCUCGAGGCGAUCACCGCGGAACCCGAAAUCCGGGCCAAGUUGUAGGAGUGGUACAUACUCAGGAGCGUGGGUGGCAUCAUCACUUGGACCGGCCGCGCCAUAAUCACAUUUUCCC